ACAAAAGAAAAGGUCGUACAGGUUCUGUUCUACAAUAAUGAUUUUUUAUUGAUAAUAUCCUUUGAGAUUAGUUAGAAGUUUAUAAUUUAGCUGUAGAAAUGGUUACUAUAAUAAAGAACCAAUUAUUGAAACAUCUCUCAAGGUUUACAAAGAAUUUAUCACCAGAGCAGAUCUCCCUGUCAGCGCUCCGAGGCUCCGGAGAGUUGCAAGACCUGACCCUUGAUGAGGACCUGCUCACAGAUUUACUUGAGUUACCAGGAUGGCUGCGACUGACAUCAGCUUCCUGCAACAAAGCUACUUUUCGGAUACAGUGGACGAAACUGAAAACUGUGCCUAUUGUAUUGAAACUAGAUGAGGUCCGGAUAGCCCUGGAAGUAUGCGCGGAACCGCGAGACGUGAACCCUGGAGCCGCGGGCGCCAUGCCCGCCGCCGGAAAGUACAGUUACAUUCAUAAGGUAAUAGACGGAAUCUCGGUGGUUGUGAAUCAAGUGCAAAUAGACUUCGCGUGCGACGCUUUUACGAGCAACGUGCAGAUAUCCAGGGUGACAGUGGAAUCAAGGACGCCUGAAGGCCGACGGGGGGACCUAAGACUGACUAGAAUCAAGAGCCCGGACACGGGACAACUGCUUAUAUUUAAGGAACUAGAAUGGCAGAGUGCCCGGAUAGAAGCCAAAGCACACGGCGCGUCCGCAAAUUUGCCGCCAUUACGGCUGUUGCUAGGCAACACGCACUGUCGGAUCGUGAUCAAGAAGAGGCUAGCUGAUUGCGCCGUGAUCGGUUCCCGUCUCGCGAUCCGGCCCGAACCGGUAGCGUGGGCGCUGACUGACGGCCAGCUACGCGCCAUGCUGGCGUGCGCCGCGGCCCUAGCCGAGCCUGUCAAGCGCGCCACCGCCGCCGCUACCAGGGCUAAAGCGGCUAGGAAGGUAGAAGAACCCCUAGAGCAAAUCCACAGCCGCUCGUCGUCGAGCGAGCACGACAUCCUGGCGCGAAUGUUCGCGAAGCACGACGUUCGCGAGACCUCGUACCACCUGCUGGCGCCGCGGAUAGACCUGCAUUUGUGUGACGACCCCGGCUUGGGUCGAUCGGAACAUCCGUCCUUAGCGAACGGCGGCGCGCUGCAAGUGACCCUAGUGAGCAUGCAGGCCGACCUGUUCCCUUACCACAGAGCUUCCAACGACAGGAGACACUGGAGAGGUUACCGGGAAGCCGCCACGCCUCACACCCAGUGGUUAUCGCAAGCCUUAUCCUCCUUUUGUGGGUCACUGUUGGACCUAUUGGACCCUAGACCAUUAACGCCUAGUAAUAAGCCCAGUCAACCGGAGAAGAAAACCGAAGAGCCAGUGUCCAACGGCAUCAGCCACAAGCCGGCACAAACUAGUGCUUCCGCCGCUCCGUCCGCCAACGCUACCUCACAAGCUUCUCCCACGAGGACGAAGAUUCUCCAGCAGCUCGGCAAGCUGAUGACCACGUGCCUCGUACUUAGGAUAGACGAUUUUACUGUUUACAAGAUGUCCACAAAAUCUCGAGAGGCGCCUCGGCCGCUCGUGUGCGCCGAGAAGUCUACGAUGCCGGGCGACGCCGGGCUGUUGCACGCGGAACUCACGCACUUCUACUACCCCGGAGAUGUCAACUUCCCUGAGCUGACACAAACUUUUAACGCCAAGAUGGCAGAGCUGCAAGAAGAUUUGGACAAGGCAGAGUCUAGUGGAUCAUCAACGGCAGCGGUGGUGUCUGACUUCACAGCGUUUAGGUCAUUUAUUUUGACGGCACUCGAGACUCUACAGAAGCAGGUGCAGCUUGUUGCCCAGCAAGUCGAUGACAUGGAGAUGCGAUCCCGCAGGAAAAUAUUGGUGGUCCAUGGCAUCAAGGGAUGUGAUUCCAGCUCAGAUACUGAAGACACUGCCGCACUUGUAAUUGAAAAGUUCAAGUCUAUCAGAAGUAAUGUGUCAGUAACAGACUUCAAGCACUGUCGUCGUCUGGGUAAGCCUCGUGGGGCCAGACCUCAACCCAUCCUUGUCAAGUUUCAUGACGUUGCUGUGCGAGAUGACCUGUGGUUUGGGAAGACAGCAUUAAAAGGCACCGGUGUUACAUUAGGUGAAUUCCUUACAAAGCCCCGCUACGAUAUAUUUGUAGCUGCCCGGGAACGUUUUGGUGUCCGAAGCUGCUGGACCCGGAAUGGUGAUGUAUUCGUUCUCGACGCGAACAAAAUAGUACUAGAAGCGGGGCCGGAGCACAUACCCCAACAACGCGACCGGCAAGAACUGCACAUCUGCACCGCCCGGGCCACGCUCACCAACGUGCGAGAGUCGCCGAGAACCAAUACGGCAGGCACUCGUGCAGACCUGGCUUCAAUCCUGGCCGCGCUUCGGAGACUGGCGCCCCCUCGUGGCCAGUUUCCCUGCUCUGAAGACGACAUGGAUCCCAUACAUGAACAAUUUGUACUGCACGCCGAAAAUCUGGACGACAUAGACCGCGGCACAGCCGUCUCCCCAGGACUGCUGUGGCGAGAGAACCGCAGCAUCUGGUGCGCGCGCGUGGAGCCGCUGUGGGCCGACCUGUGCGGCGCGCGCGCCACCAACUACAAGCCCGCGCCGCUGCUGGACGCCUGCCCGCUCACUGCCUGGUUAUGCUUCAACGAAGACUUCUCUCGCAUCUGGGCGGUGGCGCGUACCACGGGCCUGGCCGGUCUCCAGCUGAACCACUACCAGAUGCUGUUCCUUCUGCGGCAGCUCGAGAGAAUCUCUGAGCUGACAGCUUGGCUCGCCCAUGACGCAGCGAGACAACCUGACGCUAACGCAAGAUCAAUAGUAGUAGGGGUGGUGGUACCAGCUGUGGAGUUGACCCUGGUUCUCCCCUCCAGCUGUCCCGGGCAAGAGUCUUCCAGGGACCUGGACAGCGUUCCCUUGGACUCCUCCAGCCUGCAGGACAUGAAAAUGGGGUCUGAAGCGACGAUGGCGCCCUCUACGCUGGUGGGCGACAGCGGCAUCAUCAGCGGCACGCAGCCUGUGGAGAUCUGCUCCGCGCAGCCGCUCCCCGCCGAGGAAAUGCCGCCACCCAGCCCGGGACUCAGUUUUGGAGGAUUUUCGUCAAUGCGUCGCGGCCUGACGUCUCUAGUGACGUCGAUCGACAGCGCGUGGACGCGCGACGACGCGCGGAGUGACGCGGCGUCUACAGCCAGCUCGGAUAGUGAGAGAUAUGUCGUGGUUGGACUCGCUUGCGAGUCGCCUCUUGACGCUGAUCAGGCUUUCAGAGAGUUCGAGCACGGGCGCAUGUCAACAACCGGUGUAGAGGUAGCAGCUGAAGUGUUGGAACGCUCCUCGUCACCCAGCGACCACUCUGUGACCAGUUCUUGCCGCCGGCGAGACGUGAUAUCGACGUGCACGUGGCGACUACACGACAUCCACGUCGUGCACGGCGGCGCGGGCGGCGCCUCGCGCCUGCGCCUGGCGGCCGACGACCUGCGCACCGACGAGUGCGCCGCCAUACCCUGGGACGAGUUCCAGAAUAAGUUCUCGAUGCGAGCGCGGGCGUGGGCGGAGCCUCCGGUGGACGAGUGCGACCUGAGGCCCCGGGACACUCCAAAGGUUGCAGCUAGAUUAACCAGGAAAGAACUGCCGAGAGUUCCUGAUGAAAAGGGUGUAACAUCAGGGCUGGCGCCAUUCGAAGAGUUACUGGAAGCUCGUGUUCGGGAACUGAGCAUAGCGCUCAACAUGAGCACAGCCCUAGCGCUGGCCGAGUUCAUUGAGGAUGAAGUGCUCGUGCCGCCCAUGCCUUUGGAAGUACUAAUAGAGAACGUGAAACUCCACCUAAUCGAAGACCGGCCGACGCGCUCAAUCUCCUCCCCUCCCCCGCAACCGCUCGACAUUGCCCUCUCCACCCUCCGCCUCACGCGCGACCAACACGGCAUCCUGCACUUAGGUCCCCCCUCCCCUACCACCCCCACCACCAUUACCCCCCAGCCGGACCUAGAGGAGGCACAAGGGAAGAUAGACAGCUUGAGUAGAGAAAAUGAGGAGUUGAGGAAGAGACUGAUGACGUUAGCAAGAAUCGCGGAAGAUAAUAGAGAUUUAAGAGCUAAAGCGGAAGAGGUGUCGGUGCUGCGUCAGUGCGUGCACACGGCGCAGCAAGAAGUGUCCAGCUUGCUGGCCGACAAGCAAGAGCUGCUCGAGGCCAUGCGAGUUUUGCAGGAGCAGUUGGGUGUGCGCGGGAAGAGGUAGCGGUCCCGCGGCCGCCGCGACUCCUGCAGUCUCGACUGUACGCACUGCUGCGGCGACACCUAGCCACACGGACACACAAUCAUACACACACCCGUGGCGGCUGGUGAAAAUUAUUGCCAGGCAACACCACACCUCGGUCACUGGCGAUCAAAUAUAUUGAAAGAGGCGCAUUCCUAGCACACAGUCUUAGCUCGUGUAGGUGAACGCGUACUAUGCUUGUAUGAGUGAAGGUCGACUGUUCGCGUUUUUGACAGGCGGUAAC